CACGUCGCUGUCCAUGCAGCUUCGGCUCUGAACUUCAAGUCGUCUUCUUCGUCAUUAUCCGUCUUGAACUGGUCCAAGCUCGCUUUGGCUCUUACUGUGGACACCCUCGUCAUCUUAAGAAUCCCCCUCCCGAAACUCGUCCAGGGAAAGAGACUCGUGACCCGUUCGCUCGUCGCUGCAAAGCGUGUCAGAUUGAUUGAUCGUUACGCCUAUAACUGCGGAAAGAGCUCAGACUCUUUGGCUUCUUAUACGAAAGAACUGGUGCUUCGCUUCUGAGAUCUUUGCUCUGUUCGUCGUUUCAACUCGUUGGUCAUGAACAUACUGCAUAUACAAGACAGAGGAGUGUGAGAUAAUUGUGAAUAUCAAGCUUAUCGAUCGAGUUGAGACCGAGGAAACCGGUUGAAUCUGCUGUAAGCUAUGGGUUUACGUAACCCGAGAUCCAUAAGAGUUCACGACGAAUUCGAAUUGUCCGAGCUCCCGACUCUUAGAGACGAUGGAUCCAUUAGAAUCUCGCACAACAAUGGUAGGAAGCAAGCAUAUGAACCAAGUUUCGUGGAGAACGAGGACAAGAAGUCACAGAAGAACCCGACUUCCUUGAGAGCAAAAGUACUCUACAGAGUCUUCUCCGAGGAUUAUGAGAGAGGGAAAAGAAAACUUCUGGAUCCCCGAGGGAGGACGAUGCAGCGGUGGAACAGAGUUUUCUUGGCGGCGUGCUUAGUUUCGCUCUUCGUCGAUCCUCUGUUCUUUUACUUGCAAGUAGUGUGGGAGGAACAGUGCAUAAACAUUGGAGUGCGCCUCGAAGUCAUCCUCACCGCCGUCCGAUCGCUGGUCGACAUCUUUUACAUGAUACAGAUUUACAUUCGGUUCCGUACGGCUUAUGUGGCGCCUUCUUCCCGUGUUUUCGGGAGAGGAGAACUCGUAAUUGAUCCUUCAAAGAUUGCACGAAGGUACUUAAGGAGAGGCUUUUGGAUCGACUUCAUCGCCGCGCUCCCACUUCCUCAGGUGUUGAUAUGGGUGAUCAUCCCCAAUCUUGAGGGUUCGACAAUCGCCAAUACGAAAAAUGUGCUUCGCUUCAUUAUUAUCUUCCAGUACCUCCCCAGACUCUUUCUUAUCGUUCCUCUGACAUCGCAAAUUGUGAAGGCCACCGGUGUUGUCACAGAACAAGCUUGGGCUGGAGCUGCUUAUAAUCUGAUUCUUUACUUGCUCGCGAGCCAUGUUCUGGGAUCCUGCUGGUACCUCCUGUCCAUUGAACGGCAAGAAGCGUGUUGGAAAUCCGUGUGCAGCAAAGAGAAGUCAUCUUGCAAUUAUCAAUUCUUCGAUUGUCACAAAGUCGAUGACCCUGCCAGGAAUGCUUGGUUUCAGUCGAGCAACGUCACAAAGUUAUGCAGACCAAGUAGUGAGUAUUACGAGUUCGGGAUAUAUGGCGAUGCGCAGAUGCACAUUUUGAGUUCUUCGCCAUUUGUGAACAAGUACUUUUACUGCCUCUGGUGGGGCUUGAAGAACCUGAGUUCCUUGGGGCAAAACUUGUCGACGAGCACCUACGUUGGAGAGAUCGUAUUCGCCAUCAUCAUCGCCACUCUUGGCUUGGUGCUCUUCGCACAGCUCAUCGGCAAUAUGCAAAGAUACCUCCAAUCGACAACAGUCAGGUUAGAGGAAUGGAGGGUAAAGAGGAACGACACCGAAAGAUGGAUGCGCCACAGGCAGCUACCACAGGAGCUGAGGCAGUCUAUUAGGAAAUAUGAUCAGUACAGGUGGGUCGCCACCAGGGGAGUCGACGAAGAAUCUAUUCUGCAAGGCCUCCCUAUGGAUCUGCGGAGAGACAUCAAGCGACACCUCUGCCUCGAUCUAGUCCGACGUGUACAUCUGUUUGAUCAGAUGGACGAUAAGACACUCGAUGCGAUUUGUGAAAGGCUCAAACCCGCCUUGUGCACCGAAGGAACGUUCUUGGUGCGCGAAGGUGAUCCGGUGAACGAGAUGCUCUUUAUAUUCCGAGGCCACCUCGACUCUUACACCACCAAUGGGGGCCGCACCGGGUUCUUCAACUCUUGCCACAUCGGUCCGGGAGAUUUCUGCGGUGAAGAGCUGCUCACGUGGGCCCUGGACCUGAACCCCAGCAUUAUCCUACCAUCAUCGACCCGCUCGGUCAAGGCCCUCUCCGAAGUGGAGGCUUUCGCACUGAGGGCAGAUGACUUGAAAUUCGUGGCGUCGCAGUUCCGGAGACUUCACAGCAAGCAACUAAGGCAGAAGUUUAGGUUCUACUCACACCAUUGGCGAACAUGGGGUGCAUGCUUCAUACAAGCAGCAUGGCGGCGAUUUAAGCGACGCAAAGAACUCGCCCAGCUCAUGGCCAGAGAAAGUUCCCUUGCUUUUUCCGAAGCCCGGACUCAAUCUUCUAAGUCCGGAUGGGGCGUGUACGACACAGAAAUGGGCUGUAGCUCUACAGGGAGCUUUCAUCAGCACUCGGGAUCGAGUCCUAGCAUGGUCAGUGCAUUGCAGAAGCCGGCAGAGCCUGACUUUUCGGUCGAUGUGGAUUGAAUUGUUAAUUGAUCUCGAUUCGGCUCAAUUCAGAAUUCGCAUAACGGAGCAUGUAUAGGUUCUUUUUUUUUUUUUUUUGGGUGCCUAUUCUUUGUUUCUUUGGUUCAAUGAGAUCAGAAUUUGAUGUAUACUAUGCUAUCCAGUCUCGUUCUUGAAACCUAGAGUAUAGAUUGAGGACAUGGACUUUGUAACAGUUUUGAACAGUGAAAGAUCAUACAGUAAAUCAGAUUGAUCAGCUGCAUAUUCAAUCAGCUGAUUAGAGAA